CUUGUUUUUGUGUUUUUCCAUAUUGAAAGUUUAGCGUUUUGCAAAGAUGUAACUCGACAAAAUUUCUGCUAGAAAUGGAGAUAAAAGGUUGAUUGAGCAUGGACCAGCGUGUUUACUUACGAUUAGAGAAUGGAGAAAUUGUCGCCCUUGAGGAUGGGACAAUUCCCGGCACUUCAUAUAUUGUUCAGGAUGGCGUUUUAGCUAGCACAUCCAGUGCGGUACAGGACAGUUGUACCCCAAGUACAUCGUAUGUUGUUGAUAGCACUAGCUUGCAGAAUCAGACCUACACAGAUAGAAAUGAGUCAGCACAAGAAGAAUAUGUCGCAGAACCAACAACCCUAGAAAAUAUUGCUGUUGAAAAUGAUGGGACAGAGAAUGUUGUCUACAUUGUCCAGCAUGAGGGUGGUACUACUGAUGGAAUGCAGUAUGCUGUUAUUGGAGAAUCAGGUUCCGUUGGUUCUUCUUUUGCCGUUCAAACUGUUUCUUCUGGCAGUACAGAUGCUAGAAGUGAAAAGACAGUGGACUACACAAAUAUCACCAGUAUACAGGACAUGAGUGGAAUAGAAACCUUAUCACGAGUUGCAACUCAGGAAUUUGCUGGAUCAGUCAUACCUAGUAAUUCAGGGACAGGAACCAGUCAGUCUAUAAAGGGAGACUACUCCAUGGAAGCUAAACCUCAGAAUGAAAAUGAGCUUGCUGAAGGAAAUAAUGACGAAAAUAUAAGUCUUUCAUUUUAUUGUCAACACUGUGCAGAGACAUUUGAAGAAUUGGAGAGUUUCAGAUUGCAUCUUAAGAGUGAGCAUGAUAUUAUUGACGUGGGAGGCGUUUCAGAUAGCGAAAAUGUACUAACACUCUUUCCUACUUGUCAGUUGUGCUCCCAAACAUUUGUAGAUGCGAAAGAAUUACAAGAACAUAAAAAGGUACAUGCUGGAGAAUUUGAUCCUUCAUGCGCUAAUACAAAGUCUGAUCAAAGUAGUAGAGCAGAUAAACAAGCCAGAAAGGCUAACUUUAAAUGUAGAUUCUGUGAUAAUUACUUCGAAAACAAAAGUAUGAUGCGUGAACAUGUUGCAACUGAACAUCCAGACAAAAGUUUACCAGAGGAAAUCAAAUCCAGUUCCUUUACAAAAUGUCCAUAUUGUCAUAAGAUGUACGUCCUCAGGGGAAAUAACAAAUCUCUGAUUAAACAUAUUAAUUUGUCUCACCCAGGAAAAAGUGUUGAUGUAGUGUCCUCAUUAGCUGACAAAGAAGACCAGUUAGAAGAAAAGAUUAAUUGUCCUUUCUGCGAUGUAGGCUUCUUUUGGGAGAAAAGUCUCAUACGACAUAUGAAAGAUCAACAUCCGAAAAUACUUGAAGAAACGGGGGAUGAUAUCUUUGCAGAACUUGGAGUUCAAGAUGUGCAGACACCCAACAGGAGGUACAGGCGUUCAUUGAAUGACGGAAAUCAAGAUGUCACAUUGGCAUGUCCAGAGUGUCCGAGAAAAUUCUUAUGGGAAAAGAGUUUGAGGAGACAUAUGGUAGAACUUCAUAAUGAACCUACUUUGCGCUCUAGACGUAAUAAAAAAGGACCAAGAGUGUUUCAGUGUCCGCAUUGCAGUCUGGUAUCCAAAUAUGCCUGUGCUGUUAGAAAACAUAUGGAGAGAAAACACCCAGAAAAAGUAAAAGGUGUGGAUGUUUCAAAAUUACAGCUGCCAACAAUAGAAGCGGAUGCUGCUACUGAUAUUGAAUUAAAAACAGUAGAUAAGCGACCAGCUGAAGAAAGACUUAAUUAUUGUCGGUUCAUUUUCAGGUGCCCAUUUUGCACAUAUGCUUGUAAACAGAGUUCCAACCUAAUUAGACACUUGACCUCAAUUAAACAUGGUAAUAUAUUUUCACCUGAAGAAAUAAAAGAUAUUGGAAUAAAUUCCUUUAAGGUUGAACAAAAGAUGGUGACUGAUGCUGAUGAGGAAGAAAAUCUUGAUGGAACUUUAAACAAGAGAUUAUCAAAGUUGAGGCUGAAGGGAAAAUUACUAGAUAUCGUGAUGACAAAAUAUGAAAUCUUGAAACAACGGAAACUGGAAAAUAAAGAGAAUGGAAUAGAUGGAGGGGAAAAUGAGGAUGACUUUAGUGAUAUGGACAUUGAUAAUAUAAUAAAUGUAGCUGAAGAUGAAUCAGAGGAAAGCUUUAAUGAAGAGGAGGAUGAUGAUGAUGAUGAAAAGGGUCGACUGGAACAGACCAGCAGUAAGAGAGGAACAAGAAAGAGUAAGGAUGCAAAAACUGCUGAACAAAAAACAGAGGAGAAGAAUGAAAAAGAUAAUGGAAAUAUUAUAGGACAUGCUGACAAUAUAGAUAUUAAAACUUUGAAUUGCACAAAACAUAUGACAGAUGGUACUGAACAAGUGACAGCAAAAGGAAAUGAAAAUACAGAUAAAAAGCAAAAGGAAGAAAACUCUGGCCAGAAAAGUGAUAUCACUACAACAGAUAUUGAAAUGAUAGAAAUAUUACCACUUGAAAAUACAAAUAUCGAAAACGAUUCUGACAAUGAAAUGGAUAUAGAUACAGACACAGGUAUUGAUACUGUUCAGUUGAAUAAUUUUGGAAGUAGUUGCAGAAGUGAACCAAAUACAAGCAGUAGAAAACUUAACACAGAAGAUAAAGUUACAAGUAAACAAGAGAUCAACAGAUUAAAUGGGAAAAACUCGAGAGAAAAUAACCAGCGAGAAAAUCAAGGUAACAAACAGAGAGUUGUGGACAUUCAAAACAAGAGUGCUUCGGCUGCAGAUAAAGUUACAUCUGUUGGUGAAAAGAAAAUGCCUUUAAGAAGUAAAAGUAAACCAGUUGAAGCAGCCAAUGGAAAUUCAGGGAAAACGAAUACCAAAGCAAAUUCAUUGGUGUGUGAGGUUUGCCAUAGAGAAUUCAGCUCCUUCACUGUGUUUAAAGAACAUUUGCCAUCUCAUGUAAAUAUCAAAGUUAUAUUCCGAUGCAAAGAAUGUGAAUGUGAGUUUCCAUUUUUAAAAGAUUUGAAGAGUCAUAUGAAGAAAGAACACAAUCGGAGCUGUUCUGAAAAUGACGUUGCAGAUGUACAUACAAAUCUUGUAAAGAUGAAUUCAAAACCUGUGACAACGUAUGAUUGUCCAUACUGUGAAAUGUUAUUUUCUCAGUCAGCUACACUUCAGCAGCAUGUUAUUAUAGACCACUCAGACAAUAUUGAGUCAACAUGUAUCAAACAAGAAAGUGGUGUUACCUCAAGACCUACGGCCAGUGAAACAGUUGUAUUAGCUUUUAACUGCCAUUUUUGUGAAUGCUUUUUCCGUAGUAUAAAUGAUAUUGUAAAACACAUGUAUAUUGUACAUAGAGAUGUGGAAAGAUCAAGUGUAAACACUAGCAUUGAUUCUGCUGUAAGAAAAUCUGGAAGGAAAAGAAGGGUACCAAAGUGGCUUGAAGAAGCCAGUGCUGAUUCCAGCCCUGCAAAAAAGACAAAAGGCCAAAAUCCAGGAAAUGAUAACCAAAUGUCCAAGGCCAGCAAUUUGACUCCCGUAUCAAGACCCAGGGAGAAGAAACAGUCAAAAUUUGCAGGAGAGAGCAACAUAGCAGAUAUAAGUAAGAGAAGUAAAGAAACAACUGGAGCUGAAAUUGUAAAAGAAGCUAAAGAAGGUACUGGCAGUGUUAAGAAAACUAAGGAACAAUUUCAAACUAAAGACACUCCAAAAACUAAGGAUGUAGUUGAACUCGAGGAUUUAAAUAUAUCAGGUUCAGACAAUUCUCAAGGUCUUGAAGUUGAAAGGUCACCAAGAAGUGUUAAUAAAGGUAAGAAACCUUUCAAGAAACCUGAACCUUCUGAUAUAGGGAAAGGUCCUUCUGAUACACAAGACAAAACAGAAAACCAGAACAAAUGCCCUCACUGUGAUUUUGUUGCAAGACGAUCUUCUGCAUUAACAUUCCACAUUAACUUAAAACAUGCUAAUGUUAAAACAGAUAUUAAAGAACAAGAAGCAAGAAAAAUAUUGGCUAAAUCUCCAAAGAAAACAAGUACAUCAGAUUACCCAGUUGUUUCAAGAAAAAAUAUGGAAACACCAAACAAAGGCAAGCAGGAUAUUGAUAAAUCUGGAGAUACAUUUGUAACAAGAAAAGGUGCGGAAUUGGAGAAAAAAGGUAAAACAGCAGUAGAAAUGGAAAAAUGUCAAGUUGAUCCAGAUAGUCUUGCAAAAAUGAAAAACAACGAUAAUGCAAAUUCUAAUAGAAUUCAGAACAGUAUAGGAGAAGUUGCAGAACUAGAGAAUGAAAUUGAAGAAAUAGAAGAUGAAAUGAAUGAUGAAGAAGAUUAUGACAUAGAAUUUGGUGAUUCUGAUGAUGAUUAUAAACCAGACAAAGAUGAUUAUGAUGAUGGUGAUAGUGAUUUAGAUGACUUGGAAGAUGAUGAUGUUGAUGAUGGUUAUUCAAUAUCUGUAAUGCUAGAAUGCCCAUAUUGUGAAAAUGGGCUUUUCCAAAGUUUUAGCAUCCUUGAAUCCCAUGUUAAGAAAAAACAUCCGGAAAAGGCCAACACUUUCAGUGUUAUUGAUGUAAAAACUAAAGUAGAGCUGGAUGGCACAGUAAAGAGUUCAAAUUUAGUACAUACCUGCAAAUAUUGUAAGAAAAAUUUCUCGAGCAGAUCACAUGUAAGGGCUCAUGUAAAAAAUAAACAUGGCAAGAAAUUAGUGGAUACUUCUGGGAAAUCCUCAGGAGAAGCUAUAGAUGAAAACACUGAAUUUUAUAAAUGUCAUUUCUGUAGUGUUGUAUCAGAGUCAAGAGAAAAUGUACUUUCACAUAUAAAUAGACAACAUCCGUUAGAAAAAGUUCACCUGAGUGAUAUAGAAAGAUACAAGCCAUCCAAAGAGGACAUCAUAAAAAAUGUAUUUAAUUGUCCACAUUGUGAAAAAAAGAACAUCUGGAAACAGGGUAUGUUGAGGCACAUUAGUAAAACACAUCCAGAGGUUAAAGAUGAAUCACACAAAAUUGUUUGUGAAAAGGAAGUUGUGAAGAACAAGCCCAAGAAUCUAUACCAGUGUGUUUAUUGUAACUGGCAGUAUGAAAAAAGAGCAGAUGUUCUUGCUCAUAUCACAGAUACACAUUCAGAUCAACCACAGGUUACUGAAGAUGACAUUGUGGAAGUUGAUAUUGCAGACAAAGUUGAUAAUAAUUUCCAGUGUCCAUAUUGUGAUCUUAAAAGUAAAUACAAAAGAUGUGUUAUCAGACAUGUAAAUAGAGCUCAUAGUGAGAUGAAAGGCUUCACACACAGUGAUGUCAUUUGUUUGAGAUCACUGAAAAGAAAGAUUGCAGCUGCUGAGGGGCUUAUUUAUAUGUGUCCAUACUGCGAUUUUGAUAGUCGAUGGAAGCAGUGUGUUAUUCGCCAUGUGGACAUUAAUCAUCCUGAUGUUAUGCACUUAAAAACGGGAGCCAUUCCAAGCGAAUACAGAAAGAGAUCUGUUGUGAAUCUUGAUGAAAACUCAGAGCUUGAAAAAGACAAUGACAGAAAAUUGGAUUAUUUCAAAUGCCCUUAUUGUGAUGCAAUAAGCGAGACUAAAAAGGGAGUUGUAGAACACACAUUGACGUAUCAUCCAAAAAAGUCAACCAUUAAUCGAAGUCAAGUAAAAAAAGCUGUUUGGGAUGAAGUAGAUAUCUCUAACAAGGGCUUUGUCUAUAAAUGUUUAGCUUGCAACAGUGGCAGCAAGAGGAAGAAAACUGUUGUCUUGCAUGUAAGGAAAGCUCAUCCAGAGGUUAAAAAAUUCCGCAUUGAGCUUUGUCGUGCUGAAUUUAUUAACAGCGAAAGGAACACAGAUGAUAUGUACAAGUGUAAGCUGUGUAAUGAAUUAUUCAUGACUACAAGAGGGGUUAGUGCCCAUUGUAUGCAUGUUCAUCCUGACGAAGCAAAAAUUGUCAUAGAAACGGUACGUGUAAGUGAGAAACUUACCAAUAUUUUCAAAUGUAUGUAUUGUGAUCAUAGUUCAGGUUGGAGAAAAGCAAUAAUCAAACAUGUUGAGAUUCAUCAUAGUGACAUUAAGAAUUUCCAAGCGAAAGAUGUAAUUUGUGAAAUUGUGCAAGAAAAAGAGCUUCAAGGUUCAGGUGGCUUUCAGUGUCCAUACUGCAAUACGGUAAACCACUGGAAAAAGAGCAUUAUACGUCAUAUCAAGACAGUGCACCCCAAUGAGCGACAGGACUUAGAAAUUCAUUUCAACCCAGCAGCAUCAGUAAAAUCUGGCGGGCGAUCUUGCCGAAAAAGUAGUAAGCAGAUUAAAUGUCUGAGGUGUGGAAUAUCGUGUAGAAGUAUAGAGAAAAUGAGAAAACAUUUCUUGUCAAAACACCCAAAGUUAGCAAAGAAUUAUCUGGGUAAGGGUAAUACAGAAUUGGUGUAUGAUGCUUCAAAUGGAAGACAAUUAGACUAUGUUUGUGUUUUGUGCAGUGCAAAAUAUAUGUGGAAGAAGAGUUUACUUGUGCACAUAAAGUGUCGGCACCGAGAGAUGUUCCAUGUAUACCAGGCCUUGGAUCAUGUGGUGGAUAUAGUAGCUGGUGGCACUGAUGGUCAAUGGCAUGCUGAACAGCCUGAUGUUUCUGCUACAAAUCAGCCCACUCCAGUCUCAAAGCCACAAGUUGUAAAGAAAGAUACAGAAAUUCCUAAGACAAGACGCUGUGAGAAAUGCAACGUGGUGUUUAAGUCACAAUGGGAUGCUAAUGUACAUGCAAGAUUAAAACAUAGGAAGUCUUUGAAGAACAGAUUUCCAUGCAGCAAAUGUAGCUUGUCGUUCCGAACACAGUCUUUACGUUUAAAACACAAGAUCCGUUGCCAUAGGUAUCAAAGAUGUGGAAGUACAUUGCAUUGUACAGUUGCUGGAUGUAACUUUAGAUGUAAGUUCCAUAAGGUACUACAGAAUCACUAUAGUUACAGUCACAAUUUAAAGAUACCAAUACUUGGAAAUACAACCUUCUCAACAUAUGGUGCUGAGGGUUCAGUCAGAUGUGAAAUGUGCUUGAGGACAUUUAGCAGUGCAGACCAGCUGAAGCAGCAUGUUGACCUACACAAAAAAAGCCGUCCAGUAAGGUUUGAAUGUGGAACAUGUGGGGAACAGUUCCUGACUCGCAGUCUCAGAGACACACACAUUGAAACAUUCCACUUUGACAAAUUAGAGAUGUGUGAUGUAUGUGGAAACCUAUAUACAAGAGCUAACCUGAAGAAGCACAUAAAAACUCAUGAGGAAGACCAGUCUGGUAAUAAAGUAUGUCCAUAUUGUGAUCAGUGUUUCACAGUAAAGAUGUUUAACAGACAUGUGUUUAAUGAGCAUCAAGAAAUUUUAAACUGUCAAUGUGUGAUAUAUGUAGACCAGGGGACAUGGCAUGUAGUCAAAAUGCUUACAAGUGCACAGUUUGUAACAAGUCAUUCUGUCAGAAGCCCAUGGUUUAUGUGCACAGCAAACUUACCCAUUGUGAUAUAUCAAAAUUCAAGGUGUUCUCUUGUGAAGCAUGCCCUCAGUACUUUUUUACAAAGCGCAUGAAAGAUGCCCAUUGUCAUGAACAUCAUAAGAAGAAACUAUCGAUUCCAAGUCCUGCAGCAUCUGCUAGUCGCAGUACCAGUACUUACAACAGUAAUGAUCCAACAACACAUGUUAUUCACAUUGGUCAGGAUGAAGGAAAACAGUAUU